AUGUUCGGAUCGUUUAUUAAUACGGAGUAUUCGUUCUUCGCCGUCAAUAAAGGGACUGGGGAGAAAACACUUCUCGGUGUCUCCGUCAAGCAAGGCUUCCAAGCUAAGCAGCUAGUGUUAAGGGCUCCAGAUGAGUCCAAGCGGAAGAUGUAUGAUGCCGUCCUAGUGUCGAGACACUGGAUGAAUCAAUUCGAUUACUGGCUGGUGCACUGUGACGACCCUUCGGACUUGCCCGCAGAAGAGCAUACAGUUCCAUCAUCAGUAUUCGGAGCGGUGACGGCAGUGGGAGCCUUCAGGGACAUCGAGAAAAAAGGGAAACGCCCGGCCCCUCAAGUAUAA